GCGGCUCGCUCCCUAUAUAAAAGCGGCGCGGCAGCAGCGCCGGGGCUCCAGUUCGGCGAGGGCAGCGGUUGGGUGCGGAGCUGGGCGCGGAGGUCCUUGCUUUGGCUGCGGAGCCCUCGUGACUGCGAUAGGGUCAGACAUGCCCUUCUCAAACAGCCACAACCUCCUGAAGAUGAAGCACUCUGCUGCUGAUGAGUUCCCUGACCUGAGCACCCACAACAAUCACAUGGCCAAGGUGCUGACCCUGGACCUGUACAAGAAGUUGAGGGACAAACAGACUCCCAGUGGAUUUACGCUGGAUGAUGUCAUCCAGACGGGGGUUGACAACCCAGGCCAUCCCUUCAUAAUGACAGUGGGAUGCGUAGCUGGCGAUGAAGAAUCCUAUGAUGUGUUUAAGGAACUCUUUGAUCCAGUUAUUGAAGACAGGCACGGUGGCUACAAACCAACUGAUCAACACAAGACCGACCUGAAUGCUGAUAGCCUGCAGGGUGGUGAUGACCUGGAUCCCAAUUACGUGCUCAGCUCUCGUGUCAGAACUGGCAGGAGCAUCCGUGGAUUCUGUCUUCCCCCUCACUGUAGUAGAGGAGAGAGGCGGGCUAUUGAAAAGCUCUCUGUUGAAGCUCUGGGUAGUCUGGGAGGUGAUCUCAAGGGGAAGUACUAUGCCCUGAGGAACAUGACCGAUGCAGAGCAGCAGCAGCUGAUUGAUGAUCACUUCUUGUUCGACAAGCCUGUUUCUCCUCUGCUGCUGGCAUCUGGGAUGGCACGAGAUUGGCCUGACGCCAGGGGGAUCUGGCACAAUGAUAACAAGACUUUCCUUGUCUGGAUCAACGAGGAGGAUCACCUUAGAGUUAUUUCCAUGCAGAAAGGUGGCAACAUGAAGGAAGUAUUUACUCGCUUCUGUACUGGACUAACACAGAUAGAAAAUCUCUUCAAGUCCAAAAACCAUGAGUUCAUGUGGAAUCCGCAUUUGGGCUACAUCCUGACCUGCCCAUCCAACCUGGGAACGGGGCUCCGUGCUGGUGUGCACAUCAAGCUGCCAAACCUUGGGAAACAUGAGAAGUUUGGAGAAGUCCUCAAGAGGCUUCGGCUGCAGAAACGAGGCACAGGUGGUGUGGACACAGCUGCUGUCGGAGGAGUGUUUGAUGUCUCCAAUGCUGAUCGCCUUGGCUUCUCUGAGGUGGAGCUGGUGCAGAUGGUGGUGGAUGGUGUGAAGCUGCUCAUUGAAAUGGAAAAACGCCUUGAAAAAGGCCAGUCCAUUGAUGACCUCAUACCAGCUCAGAAAUAAAGCACUUUAUUCUCAUGCUUCCUAACUUAUUGGAUGAAUAAUAAAAUGUCACUCCAAUUCAAACCCCUGGGGUCAGAGCCCACUUAGUUACACUGUAGAGAAGUCUUCCAUCCAUCUGUGUUAGAGUUUAUUUUUUGAUGGCUGAGAUGUUGUUGAAAAUGAAAUAAACUGUUGUUUUGGCCUGA